GUGCAAGCCAACAUCAAAGUCCAGUGUGAGGAUUUGGUCACAAACAAACAGUGCAUACGUUCCGACGAAUCUUAGAAACUGAGAGCAGCACUAUCCAAGGAUGUGGCUUCUCUCGGUCACGGCAGCAGUUCUGAUUCUAGCCGCUCCGGCUUUGGGUGGAUUAAAGGACAUUAGUUUGCAUUUUAGCGUUCCUGAGAAGAACGAUACAACGGCUGUGGAUCCACGAGGAAUUCCUCAAGGUCCGAACCUGAAGACGAAGAGCGAACCCUCAGACUAUUAUCGAGACAACACUGUGACUAAAGAUCUGCCCCUGGACGGCUUGGAGGAGGAGGACUACAUCGACUUUGAUAAGAUCUUGGCUGAAGAUAGAGACGACUACUCCGAAGGCGACGCCAUAGAUGAAAUCGCCGCACCCGAUCCGCACCUCGAUCUCGUCUCGGAGCCGUCCGACCCUAAAACGCGUCAGGCGCGUCUCUUGCAGCUCUUCCAUGGCCGGACGCGCCUGCAGCGUAUCAACGUGGUCGGCUCAGACUUCGGAUUCCGGCUCUACCGAAGUCUCCGCAACCACGUCAACCAGACGCAUAACAUCCUCCUGGCGCCCGCCGGAAUCUCCAUAGCCAUGGGAAUGAUGGCGCUCGGCGUCGGUCCUACCCCGCACGCGCAGCUCUAUAAAGCUCUGGGGUUCUCCGAGUUCGUCAACGCGAGCAACCACUACAACGAUUCCACCGUCCACAAGCUGUUCCGCAAGCUGACGCACAGGCUCUUCAGGCGAAACUUCGGCUACACCCUGCGCUCCGUCAACGAUCUCUACGUGAAGAAGAGCGUCGCCAUAAAAGACGACUUCCGCAGCCAGGCCAAGACGUACUACUUCGCUGAACCUCAGUCUGUGGAUUUUACAGACCCGGCGUUCCUCGUGAAAGCCAGACAGCGAAUUCAGAAGAUCACGAAAGGACUCAUUAAGGAAACUAUCAAGAGUGUCGAUGCCAACACAGUGAUCAUGCUGCUGAAUUAUCUCUACUUUAAAGGGACGUGGGAGCAGAAGUUCUCCGAGGAGCUCACCCACUACCGGAACUUUCGGGUAAACGAGAAGCACACCGUCCGUGUGCCCAUGAUGCAGAAUAAGGGUAACUACCUGGCGGCCACUGACCACGAGCUGCACUGCGACAUCCUACAGCUGCCGUACAAAGGUAACAUAGGCAUGCUCAUCGCCGUUCCUCAGAAGCUCUCUGGGAUGAGAGUCCUCGAACAGGAGAUCUCACCCACCGUCGUUAACAAGUGGCUCAACAACAUGACCAACAGAACCCGUGAGGUGGUGUUUCCUCGGUUUAAGCUGGAGCAGAACUAUGACCUGGUCAAGCACAUGAAGGAGCUGGGCCUGACUGACCUGUUCACUGAAAAGGCAGACUUCUCUCCCAUGACCUCGGAGAAGGUCGCCAUCAACUGGUUCAAGCACCAGAGCAGCAUCACGGUGAACGAGGAGGGCACCGAGGCAGCAGCCGUUACCCACGUGGGUUUCAUGCCCCUGUCGGCACAGACGCGCUUCGUCGUGGAGCGGCCCUUCCUGUUUCUGAUCUACGAACACCGCACGGACUGCCUGAUCUUCAUGGGACGAGUAACGGAUCCAUCCAAGAGUUAAUUCUACCCAAACACACAUGAUAACAUGGUAACAUGAAUAAUCAGUAAUCGAUCACCGCUGUGCUUAUAAUGAUCGUGUGUGAUCAUAUGAUGUGAUGAAGAAUGAGCAAGCAUAUAAAAUACAUUUCGUUAUUAAAAAUACAAAUAUUA